CGGGCGGGACGCGGGACUGCGGCGGCGGCGGCGGCGGGGGCGGCGCGGACAGCAGCCGAGCAGCAGCGGCCCAGGGUCGCCGUCGCGGCGGCCGCUCUCGGGAGAAGAUGCCGGAGCAGAGCAACGACUACCGCGUGGUGGUGUUCGGGGCCGGCGGCGUGGGCAAGAGCUCGCUGGUGCUGCGCUUCGUGAAGGGCACGUUCCGCGACACCUACAUCCCCACCAUCGAGGACACCUACCGGCAGGUGAUCAGCUGCGACAAGAGCGUGUGCACGCUGCAGAUCACGGACACCACGGGCAGCCACCAGUUCCCGGCCAUGCAGCGCCUGUCCAUCUCCAGGGGCCACGCCUUCAUCCUGGUCUUCUCGGUGACCAGCAAGCAGUCGCUGGAGGAGCUGGGCCCCAUCUACAGGCGCAUCGUGCAGAUCAAGGGCAGCGUGGAGGACGUGCCCGUCGUGCUGGUGGGCAACAAGUGCGACGAGGCGCAGCGCGAGGUGGACACGCGCGAGGCGCAGGCCCUGGCGCAGCAGUGGAAGUGCGCCUUCAUGGAGACCUCGGCCAAGAUGAACUACAACGUGAAGGAGCUCUUCCAGGAGCUGCUCACGCGCGAGACGCGCCGCAGCGUGAGCCUCAGCGUGGACGGCAAGCGCGCCGGCAAGCAGGCGCGGGGGGAGCGCGCCAAGGGCAAGUGCAGCCUCAUGUGAGGGCGGGCGCCACGCGGGACGCGCGCGCGGGGACACGGAGGGCCCGACCGGCCGGCCGGCCGCGGGGAGGCGCCUCUGCAGGCGGCCGCCCUCCUGCUCCCGCCCCAGCCCUCCCCCACC